CGGUUAUCAAUCAUUACUGAUAAAACUUAUCUAUAUAAAAGUACCCACAUCCUCAAUGCAUUAUAUUUAAUUUAGUGCCUUGGGAGAAGCGAAGUAGAAUUGAUUGUUAAUACGAAAUGAAUGUCCAAGAAGCUUACUUUGAUCAACAAGUGUUGAUUGAAAACCUUAAAAAACUAUUAGUGGAGUUCUUUAUUCGGAAAAACCCGCACUUGAGAUUAAAUGAUGCCUAUACUUUAAUUGCCGAAAUAAGCAAAAAUGGAAUCAAAUUUGAUAUACACGAAUCAAUUCCGAGUGCCAAUGAUGUUACAAGAUUGAACGAAGAGGUGGCUGAUUUAAAAUGUCAAGUUGCAAUAAUUGGCGCAGAAUUGAAUGACAAAAAGAAGUGCAUUGUGGAAAUGGGGUCGAAAUUGAGGGCCAAGGAAAGUGAGAUUCAAAAGUCCGAAUCAAAACUUAAGGAGAAAACCAAUGAAAUUACAAGAUUGCAGGAAGAGUUGGCUAUCUUAAGAAGUGAAGUUGCCAUAAAUGGCGCAGAACUAAAAGACAAAAAAAAAUGCACUGAAGAAAUGGGGUCUAAGUUGAGGGCCAAAGAAAGUGAGAUAUCAACUUUAAACCAAACAAUUGCUGUACUGAAGUCUGCUGCCUUUGCGAGUUCCAAACAAUUAGAAGAACAUAAUAAGUACAAAGCCGACAUGGAGGCUAAAGUGGGAGUUCACAAACUCGAGAUAUCAACUCUAAUUAAAAAAGUUUCGAAACUGGAGACUGCUGCCCUUGAAAGCUCACAAAUAUUGGAUCACAAUAACAAGUUUAUAACCAACAUGAUCUAUGAAAAUUCAGUAUUAAAGGAGAAACUGCAGUCUGCAGCUUUUGAAAUCCACAAUCAUAUUAAUGAAAAGAGGCGAUGCAAGCUCGAAAUAAUCAGUCUAGAGGAAAAAAUUGCUAAGCUGGAAGAAAGUUUUAAAAGUGCAACGGAAUGUCUACCCGAUCAACUUAAAUUUUUGGUAGGCUCUUUAUACGAAAAGAAAAAAAAAUGUUUUAAUAAAGUAUGCUCAAUGCUGGAGUAAAAAAUGUUAAAUAUA